GUCUAACUCGAAUUGCAUGCUUAUAUAUAUAUAUAUAUAUGUUCUUAAUCCAAAACAAUGUUACAAUAUAUUUUAUAAAACUUGUAACAUUUUGUUCACCACUAUAAACGAUCGAUAACUGCUGUUUUAUUCACAAUGGAGGAGAUUCAAUUCAAUGGUGGCGUAUUCGCUGAAAACUACGAUGAUGAACAACUUUCGGAUUGCGAAAGUUGUGUUAGUGGUGAAUCUAACGAUGAAAGCAAUGACAGCAUUGAAAGGUCGUUAUUUGGCGAUGAUUUGGUUAAGGUGAAUGAAGAUGUCGCGAUUUUUGAUAUUAUUGGACAUAAGUUUUUGUCGACUUUGGUUGAUUACGAUCAUGAAAAGAAAAGUAGUACCACUAUUGCGGCAAUUCAUACUAUGAAUUGGAAAAAUUCUCGUAUCAAGCAAGCAAGGUUUCGAAGUUUUGAUAUUUUCCGCGAAGCAUUAGUGGGAAUAAAUAAUAAUAACAAUUAUGAAGAUGGUAGUGUUACUAGUUUCAUGAAAUAUGCUUGGUAUUGUGAUUCAAAAGAAGAGAUUCAAAGGAUUGUUUCCAAUGGUUUUGGUCAUCAUCACUUCCGUAAUCGUGCUGGGAUAUGUUUAGCUCCCCUUAAUUCUCUGGCUCAAAGUGUGCAAAAUUGUAUUGUGGACGAUGAUGGGCUUAAACAUGCAUUACUUUGCCGAGUUCUACUAGAAAAUGUGGGUGAUGAAUCUGAUGAUGAUGUAGAUGGUGUUUCUCAAAAGGAGUAUCUUGUUUGGAGUAACAAGAUGAAUACACAUAUCUUGCCAGAAUAUGUUGUUUCUUUCACGACUGUUCUAUGCUUGGAGGGAAUUCCAAAGGAUGAACACAUAUGGAAGAAAUCGGAAUCUUCUCUUUGGAUGCCAUUUUCAACUUUGAUAUCAGUAAUGUCCAAUUUCUUGCCAUCAAGGACAAUGGUUAUGAUUAUUGAGCAUCACAAGGAUUUUAAGGAAAGAAAGAUAUCACGUCAAGAUUUUAUAAAAACUCUCAAACGAUGUGUUGGAAACGAUUUCUUGAUCAGAAUACUCAAAUAUUGUGGAGCAAAGGUAGUGUUUCCUCAUUAGAAAGGCGUGAGACAUCUAAAGAUAUAGCUACGCAAUAUCUUUUUUCUUUUUUUCCCCUCAUUUUCUGUAUAUUUUUUAAUUGAACAAAAGGGUUUUUUUGAUAAAUACUUCAACAUUUUUGAAGAGAAAAAUGAGUUAAUUCUUUCAAUAGAUUCGUGGCUCAUUAAGUGACAAGUGCAAAUUUUGGUUAGUAUUGAUUGUAAGGAGAAAAACAUGUAAUAUGUAUGAGGAUUUAUGACAUAUUGUGCUUGUAAUGCAUAUUGUAUAUCAUAAAUUAUUAUUUGUAUAAAGCAAAUUAUAUUAUUUAUUGUUUAGAGUUGGGAAGCACGCGAUUUC